GAAAAGUCCCUGGCUCAGUUUGGAUGUUUUGAGAUUUCACCGCUGUCAACAACACGGCGUAUUGUCAACAAUUUCCAACAUGGCAGAACGUCGUUCGAGGCCGUAUCAUGUGAUGAUUGUGUCGCGUUCCCGUGUCGUUUGACAGCGUUUUUAAAAUCGUGCACCCGAAGUGAAAACAGUUCGCAGCAUCUGCGGUGGGUUCUCUGUUAAAAAAUUAGAUAUUGUUUCAGUGCCAGUGCACCAAAUGACUAUGGAGAUGGCGGAGCUGGCGAAGCCGCCGCUCAGUGACAUUAAGCAUCCCGAAGAAGUCAUCAAGAUGACUGUGAACGACAGACUCAAGUUCGCGGUCCUCAUCGGCUUCAUCGAGGUGGGACAGGUGUCCAAUAGGGAGGUUGUGAACACCGUGCUGCAAUUGGUGAGUCCAUGCACUUCAAACCGUCCGAACUCCGAAUGGAAAUUGGCAAAAGAAUUUUAG